AGUAUUUCUGUGAAGUGGUGAUGUGACUGAUGUGUGCCCCGAAAUUGAACAAAAUUUAUUUGAAGUAACGCGAGAAGCACGCUUAUUUUAUAGUGAUUUUAUCAGACAAUACAUGCAUUAUGAUUGUGUUAAUGCCCUAACUCUAAGAGUUAUUGAUAGGAGGCAUACUUUGCGGGUUAUUUUGGUAUUCGGUGACAUUUCAGUGAAGUGCCUAAUUUGAACAUGGAGGCUAUAGCCAAACACGACUUCACAGCAACUGCUGAUGAUGAACUCAGUUUUAGAAAGAAUCAGGUCCUCAAGAUACUUAACAUGGAGGACGAUAUGAAUUGGUACAGAGCUGAAUUAGAUGGUAAAGAAGGUCUCAUACCUAGUAACUAUAUUCAAAUGAAGAGUCACAAUUGGUAUUUUGGAAGAAUUACAAGAGCAGACGCAGAGAAACUUUUAGCAAAUAAACCAGAAGGUGGUUUCUUGAUAAGAAUCAGUGAGUCCAGUCCUGGUGAUUUUUCACUUUCUGUCAAGUGUCCAGACGGUGUACAACACUUCAAGGUGUUAAGGGACGCGUCGAGCAAGUUCUUUCUGUGGGUGGUGAAGUUCAAUUCGCUCAAUGAACUGGUGGACUACCACCGCACCGCGUCCGUCAGCCGCUUGCAAGACGUCAAGCUCAAAGACGUUGUCCCAGAGGAGAUGCUGGUACAAGCGCUAUACGAUUUCACUCCACAAGAGGCGGGCGAGCUGGAGUUCAGGCGCGGUGACGUCAUCACGGUCACCGAUCGCUCAGACCAGCAUUGGUGGCAGGGAGAGAUAGCUCACAGACGCGGCUUAUUCCCCGCUUCGUACGUGACCGCCUACCACUCAUAGUGCGCGCCGCUCUUGCCUCCGACGCCGUGUCGCGCGCGCGACGCCCACACUAUACUAUAGGUACGCUCAUAUCACUACACAAGGACGCUUAGUACGUAACACGGUACGGUAACGUUGGUUUCUUCACGCCCCUUCUACAAUCAGUACCCUUAGUACGAGUUUGAGCUUACGAAAACUAUGAUAGUUUUCGUAAUUGUAAAUUAUGUUUCUAUGUCCAUUUUGGUAAACACUAACCAAAUAUACUUAAAAUUUAAGAAGACGCAAAUGAUUUAAUGAUAGAAUUUAAACACUGUUUUGUAUUGAAACGAAAACAACAAAAUUAGUACGAGUGCGAGCUCACGAAAACUAUCAUAGUUUUCGUAAUUGUAAAACUCGUACUAAGGGUACAGGCUGACUGACUAUCGUCAAGCUAUUCGAGACAGACAUAGAGAUUGGACAAUGCUUUUUUCCUGGAAGGGUACGGUAAGUGGGACCGGGGAGCAUUUCAUCCCGCCUCAGGCAGCCCUGCUAUAUGAAAUAACAUGAAACUGCAUGCGUAGCGGAUGUCUGCACAUAUUAUUAUAUUCGUAUUCCCGCUUAACGCAGCGCAGGCCCUAAAAUUGGACAGAUAAGUGUGAAAGAGUAAGCGAUAGUGCGGCCACAAAUUCGUAAACGUAUUGGCUGCACCAUCGCUCAUAAAGAACUUUCUAGAGAGAUGUCAAUUUCACUAUCCAACUGUAAAAACUGAUAAGGACCGAUAAGUGUAAGAGAUAGGAAGCUAUCGUGCGACAAUAAGUUCGUAAACGUAUUGGCUACACCGUCGCUCAGAAAGAGAGAACCUUCUAAAGAGAUAUAAAAAAAAACAUUUAUAAAGAGAUGUCAGUUUCAUACAAGAGUUGCACGGUCCAAUCUCUAAGUCUAUUCUCUAGCGAGAAAUAAUAUCGAGUGCUUAACGAAGUGGGUAAGGACGACGGUGUAAAUUGUUCUUGUGGAUUCGUUGAACAAUCUCAAAAUAUAGGUCUUUAGAAUGUGUCCACGGGUGCGUGUCAGAUCGGUAGACUAGGUGGUAACUCGUCCGAUUUUUCUCGAUUCUAUUCCUCAUAUCACAGCCGCGAACUAAACUUACCAGUAAAUAUUUGGUGAUAAUACACUACCAAACUAAUGUUAAGUAGUUAGAGUUAGGUUAGAUCUGUGUGAUGGAGAAGUAAAAAUAUAAGGACGAAUUUUAAAAGAAUAGGAAUGAAAUUGCCGACACAACUGCCAUUUCCAUUUAGAUUUUUGUUCCGAGUUUAAAAAAUGAGAACUGUGUACGAGAUAGAAUUGAUAAAAGUAAUAAUAUUUCCAAACAAUGCAUAAGCGAUGCAAUAAAUACUCAUCGGCAGUUUGUAUAAGUUAUCAAUAGAUUUAUGAAUGAAAAAUUAGUGUAUUCGUAUUAAUCAAAAUUGAAAUUCUAUUAUAUUCAAGUAAGACUAUGACACUAGCGCCAAAUUGUAAGAACUAAUAGCGAUCGAAUCACAAUUUGGAUAUAGAACGUUAAUAAUACAUAUAUAUUGGAUUCGGUCAUAAAUUUUGAAAGAAUAAACUUAAAAGUCCGAAUCAGUAAAUCACGUUUUCGCUUUUGAGAUUAAAUAAUUUCAGUCUAAAGAAUGACAGUGACUGGCACUAGGAAAAAAGCCUUUAUUACAAUGUAACAAACUUGGGAGUCAAUUACACGUUUGAUGCAACAAUGCAACUGUCGAUGCGAGCCCGUGGACACGUACAUAAAGGCAACACCUGUAUACGGCCCCGAUUUGCUUCUAUACAUGGUGCUUCGUUUCCAACAUAGAGAAUAGACUUGCAUUCUGUAAUCAACUGUGAAGAAAAACUGGGCAGAUUUGUGUGACAAAGUCGCAGCGAUAGGCCCACUGUUAGUCUAUGCGUUGAUUGUUUCUUUGUUUGAGUCUCUUUCUAGAGAGUUGUCAAUUUCAUGCGAGCGUCACUCUUCUCUAUGUCUAUGGAUUCCAACAAAUCUUUACUCCGUUUAGCAAUUUGAGAGUAGCAACGUCAAGCGGUCAGCUUGGCCGCUGGGUCUAUUCGCCUUAAUUUAUGCAAUACAAUGAUGAUGUUUUGGUAGUACAAAAAAUAUAUAUAAUUAAUUAGUGCAGUGUUGCGUUUUGUUGUUCCGUGACGAAUUUAUGAUUGUAUUCUCUCAAUAAUUAUAUAAUGUUUUGUAAUCGUGACGUGUUGCAUUGCGGUGCAGCAUUUUUGUCCUUAAUUUACGUGCCAGAAUGUUAUUUGUAGUUUUUUUUAUAAAUAUAUGUAUUUUAUACGUUUAGUAAUACAAAGGUAAACGGGAUCAAGGCGGUUUGUCAUCCCCCCACACACAUAUACACACACGAGUUUAAGUUUCGUCUUGUUGUGAUUUUUUUAAAAAGAAAUAUGACCAUUAUUUAUCGUAUUUUAUUAGUGUAUAAUGCUCAUUUUAAAAAUAUUUUACCAUUUACAUGAUGUUAGUUAAGUGUUAGAUUUUAAGUUCAGUUUUAUACAUUUCAAUCUUAUAUUUUUUCUUCGGCAUAUGAAACAUUUAUGUAAUCUGGUACCCAUAGUCACGUAGGAUAAAGAUUAAUGAAAAUUAUUGCGCCCUCCAAACGCUAAGCUCUCAUCGUUAGUCUUAGUAUCAGAUGAACUAGUUUCCGUUACGCACAAUAUUAUGGUAAUUAAUGCCUAUGAAGAAUAUUCGUCAAUUUAUUUUGUACGGCAACAUUUUGAUAGAAUGGAAUGUACAGCGAGAUUUUAUAACAAUAAUAAUUAUAAUAUGUGUAACAUCGUGCUUGUAUUCGCUUUUGAUGUGUUUCUUUCUUUAUUUGUUACCGUUUUAGUGUUUUUACCAAUUAAUGAGCGAGUAACGAAUGUAAACGAAAUUAAAGUCUUAAAGAAUAAAAUUUAAAUUUUUAAAAUGUAAAUUAAUGCAGUUUUUUAUAGUGAAUAUUCGACGAAAGUAGUAUUUAGGCUGCUGAAUGGUAAGGUUAUGUAUUAAUUCCGAUGUGAUUAUGUAAUAAUUCGUGGCACUCGAAUUGUGUCAUUGUACUUAGUUAGAAAGUAAAACAUUUAGUCAAGACUUGAAAUGGAUAAAAAAACUUUGAGUGCUCGUUGAUCCAAUGUAGAUAUUUAUUUUUGUUAUUGUAUUGUACCCAAAAUUAGUAUAUUUAUGGAGCGUACAUGAAUAGAAUUUUAAUCGUGAAACGUUUGAGAAACUACGUUUUAAGACUCGUGUAAGCAUUUUAAGAUCUACAUUGUUACUAACACGCUGAUGGGCAAUCCCGCAAUGCGGGCGAUGACGCAAAUUUAAACCAAUGGAAUGACCUUAAGGUCUAUAUUCCGGUGAAGAAGUGAUAACAGUUCUUAUUAACAAAAGUUCUAUUAAAGAACCUCGCAUUGUUGAGUCGGGUAAAAGUUUUACUUAUUACUGCCGCAAAACUGCCCAUCGCGUAUUAAAUGUAAUAUGUCCCGUAUUAAUUAUAAACAUUGUUUUUUUUUUCUUCCGCAAAGCAUUUAAUGUGUGUACGUAUAGGUUAAGGAAGCAACUUACCAGCAUGUUGUGAUUGAACGGCCCACGAAAUAUUAUACUGCAAUACACCAAUUCAAUACUAUUAUUAUAAUAUUGUAAACAUGAUUUUAUAUGUCCAUAAAACUGUGCUUCUCGCUAUAGUGACAAAUAAGUGCAUGAAGGCAAGUUUUAAAGAAAUCGGAAGUGCUAUAUAAUCUAUAAUAAUCAAAUAUUUAAAUAAUUAAGUUAUGAUUCUCCAAUAUUGUGGAAGAUGUAUAAUAUUUUUUACUAAUAAAUUUAAUAUUGUAACUUUGUGUUUCAUUUUCUGAUGUUCUAAUAUAAAGUAUUUGGGGCUUAUUGUCUAACUUUAAAAUCCUUUGUGAUUGCAAAGCUAAACUAGUGUCAAUGUGACAUUAUUAAUCUCUUUCCCAAAUAUGAAAUGAAAGAGAACGCGGAAUACGAAAAAGUUAGACAAAGAAAUCCUUAUGUAAUGUCGGCCCUCCACUUGGCUAUUCGUAAACUUGUCAACUUCUUAUCAUGCUUUAUAGGGAGUGAAAAGACUGCCUGAUGAAUGAAAGAAUGAAAAGAAAAAGCAACAUGCAGUCCGGCAGGGUGAGGGUGGCUGGUGUGGCAGGUAGAACCUUAGAUUAAAACAAAAAGGGUA